AGGGAAAUAGGCCGAACGCGGUGAGUAUAUAAGGUUGGCAGUGCCACUGUAGCUCGAUCCAGCAGCAGUUGUUUUCCGCGUUCUGAGCUUCAUCUGAGACAGACAAGAACCCAAGAUGUGUGACGAUGACGAGACUACCGCUCUUGUGUGCGACAACGGCUCCGGCCUUGUGAAGGCUGGCUUCGCCGGUGAUGACGCACCCAGGGCUGUCUUCCCCUCCAUCGUUGGUCGCCCUCGUCACCAGGGUGUCAUGGUCGGUAUGGGUCAGAAGGACUCCUACGUAGGAGAUGAAGCUCAGAGCAAGAGAGGUAUCCUCACUCUGAAGUACCCCAUCGAGCACGGUAUCAUUACUAACUGGGACGAUAUGGAGAAAAUCUGGCACCACACCUUCUACAACGAGCUGCGUGUGGCCCCCGAGGAGCAUCCCACCCUGCUCACUGAGGCCCCCCUGAACCCCAAGGCUAACCGUGAAAAGAUGACCCAGAUCAUGUUUGAGACCUUCAACGUCCCCGCCAUGUAUGUUGCCAUCCAGGCUGUGCUGUCCCUGUACGCCUCCGGUCGUACCACUGGUAUUGUGUUGGACUCCGGUGAUGGUGUGACCCACAACGUGCCCAUCUAUGAGGGUUAUGCUCUUCCCCACGCCAUCAUGCGUCUGGAUCUGGCUGGUCGCGAUCUGACUGACUACCUCAUGAAGAUCCUCACUGAGCGUGGCUACUCCUUCGUCACAACUGCCGAGCGUGAGAUCGUGCGUGACAUCAAGGAGAAGCUGUGCUAUGUGGCCCUGGACUUCGAGAACGAGAUGGCCACUGCCGCUUCCUCCUCCUCCCUGGAGAAGAGCUACGAGCUUCCCGACGGUCAGGUCAUCACCAUCGGUAACGAGCGUUUCCGUUGCCCAGAGACCCUCUUCCAGCCUUCCUUUAUUGGUAUGGAGUCUGCCGGUAUUCACGAGACCGCCUACAACAGCAUCAUGAAGUGCGACAUUGACAUCCGUAAGGACCUGUACGCCAACAACGUCCUGUCAGGAGGUACUACCAUGUACCCUGGUAUUGCUGACCGUAUGCAGAAGGAGAUCACCGCCCUGGCCCCCAGCACCAUGAAAAUCAAGAUAAUCGCCCCACCCGAGCGUAAAUACUCUGUCUGGAUCGGUGGCUCCAUCCUGGCUUCCCUGUCCACUUUCCAGGCCAUGUGGAUCACCAAGCAGGAAUACGACGAGGCAGGUCCCAGCAUUGUCCACCGCAAGUGCUUCUAAACCUUUCAUCGUCUCCGCUUUCUCUGGAUCGCGAAGAGGAACAACAUGUUGUUACUGGACUUUUUUUGUCACAAUAUUAUUUUGUAACCAUGUUACCUGGUGAAAAAAUCUUCAAAUGUCAACCAACAUCAACAAGAACGAAACAUGCCAUGUUAUUAUUCAACAUGUGAACGUGAAUGUACAUAAAUACUAAGUUAUUAAAGUCCAUUAUUUGGUAUUUUCA